AUGAUAUUGAUAGUAAAUUCCAACCCAACGCAUGAGGAUGAAGAACGAUUGAAAAAAACCUUGCUUUUGAAUUAUAGAAAAGAUAUAAGACCUGUUACUAAUUUGCUUACAUCUGUCGACAUAAAUGCUUCUUUGAUUCUUCACACACUGUAUGACUUGGAUUUCGUAAAUAACUUACUGAAGGCUCGUUAUGUGAUUAUGCCACGGUGGACUGAUGAAUAUCUGACCUGGAAUCCAUUGGAAUAUAACAACAUUACACACAUAUAUAUACCAAGAGAUCUAAUUUGGACGCCAUCUCUGUUAAUGUGCAAUUCAGUGAAUGAGCAAGAUGAUAGCAAUAUCAAUCGCGAAGUAUACGUUCACUAUAAUGGAACAGUGGAGCUGUGGUCUCUUAAGUACAUAGAAACCUAUUGCCAAGUGAACGCUUAUACGUAUCCAUUUGAUGACCAGAAAUGUAAAAUACAAAUGUGUGUUGGUUUACAUUCUCCUGACGAAACACGAUUAAAAACAAUCUGUUACUGGAAUAUGAAAUUUACAGAAAGCUACAAGUGGGAUAUUCAUUUCUCUGGUAAGGCAAAUGGCAUAAACAGUCAAAGCUCUCAUGCAUCAGUGGUAAUGCAGUUACGACGUAAACUCACCGUAGGAAUCAUAGCUAAGUUGAUUCCGACAGUAAUGAUGACUAUUUUAACUGUUUUUGUUUUUCUUCUGCCUCCUGAGUCAGGGGAGAAAGUUUCUCUAGCAAUGACAAUAUUUUUAACAAACAUCGUAUAUCUUGUUCAACUCGAUAAGAAUACACCAAAAAAUUCGAAAUAUCCUCCACUUCUCAUGUUAUAUUUAAUGUUAUUGUCAAUGUUAAGUGGCAUCGUCACACUUGGAUCUGUGGUUAUAAGUAAAUUAUAUGUUAAUCAGCAAUCUCAAAAAAAAGAAUCGAGCCCAACAGACGGAAAGAAAAACAAAUCUCAAACUAAUGAUGUUAGAGAUAUUUCAACAAUUUCAACGGCACAGUCCGAAACUGUCAUUAAAGAUGAACUCCAAGGUCAGGAAAAGAGAAACUAUAUUUCCAACCACGUACGACUGGAUGCUAUAUUUUUAAAAACUGGAAUUGUAAUAUCGCUUAUAAUGUCAAUUGUGUUUGCAAUUUUGGUAUUUCAGCCACUGGAAUAA